AUGUCAUAUCAACUUUACAGGAAUACUACAAUUGGAAACACGUUACAGGAAAGCCUUGACGAAUUGAUACAAUAUGGACAAAUAACACCUACGCUCGCUGUGAAAGUAUUGUUACAGUUUGAUAAAUCUAUUAACACAGCAUUGUCUAACAGGGUGAAAUCUAGAUUAACCUUUAAAGCGGGGAAAUUGAAUACAUACAGGUUUUGUGAUAAUGUUUGGACAUUCAUGUUGAAUGAUGUAGAAUUCAGGGAAGUUCAAGAAGUUGCUAAGGUGGAUAAGGUGAAAAUAGUUGCCUGUGAUGGAAAGAAUGUGGAGGACCGAAGAUAA